GACAAAGUAUACCGCUACAAGACGGCUGCUCUUGAAAUCCAAACUAUUGAAGAAGGCCACGUCUAUGCUGGUGGCUGAAAAAGAGCAGAAUAAGAGAGAACGAGAUGACGCUCUUAAUGAAAGAGUUCCUCCUCUCAAACUCUCUGGUCUGUCAGCACAGGAGCUGCAGGAGCUUUGCAAGGAUCUUCACCACAAGCUUGAUGUCGUUGAUGAAGCCCGAUAUGACCUUGAGGUCAAAGUGGCUAAAAAUGAUAAAGAGAUCCAGUCUUUGACCCAGAAGAUUUGGGAAAUGAAGGGUUCGAUGAAGAGAACCCAGCUGAAGAGGGUUAAGAAGUCGGCUGAUGCUAUGUUUGGUUCUCUGAACGAAUCGAAAAUGUCAUCGAAGGCAGAUUUCAAAGCCAACCUCAAGACAGUAAAGAAAGAGGAAGAAAAGAAAGAAGAGGUCACCGACUGGCGUAAGAAUGUGGAGGCCAUGUCUGGAAUGGAGGGCAGGAAGAAGUUGUUUAAUGCUGGACAGUCAUAGGCUGAUUUUCCGGCACACCUUUGAGAAAAGAAAGCCGGAGGUUUUACCAAGACAUGAAAGCAUCCAGCACUGUAUAUGGUUUGAUGCAAGAAAAUCCACAAAUGCUAUAUUGUCUGUUUAAAUUAAUGCUACAUUCUAUAACAACUGUGUAUAAUGUUUGUGCUUUUGUUGUUUUGUAAGUCUUUACCAAAUGUUACAGUUUCUGCUCUUUGGUGCGAUUUGAAAACUGUCUGUUUAAAUGUAUUUGCAUCUGAAACUUAAUGUGAUAUUUUAGUGUAUUUAUGAGCAAUAGAGUCACAUAUUAUUUAGAUCAAUUGUAUGCAAUGUUGUGAUGCCAUGGAAGAUAAGACAUCACAAGAAAUUGUAAGACGUCCUACAAAUUGCAAUAUGAUGGCAUUCCAAAUUAAAAUGUCCCUUGCUAUGAAAACAAUAUUUGUGUUGUUUCACCAGACAAACAUGUUCCUCAACGUUAUUCUGCAUUUGUGUGUGCGUAACUGGUUUUAAGUUACCACAUGCUGCCCAUGUGUCCAUGUGAUGCAAGACAUGAUUC